GGUGAUGUAAUUUUUUUUCAAUGAAGUAUUUAGAAAACCAUUAUUUAAGUUGUAAAUAGAACAAAUUUGCAAGUUUUCAAAUAUAUGGUUAGGGCUAGGGUUUUAUAUCUAUGUCCCACAGGCAAUAUGUUGGUGUGGUUGUUGAGGUGGGGGGAAGGGUAUUGGGUGGUGAGUUUUGGGAAAGGAGUGGUUGGAGCUUUUUAGCCCCAAAAAAAAUCAAGGAAGUUUUCAGUUGAGCAUCUGUCUUCUGCAGAGGAAACUUGCAGAAUAAUGUUUAGGGUUGUUUUGGUCAUUAGAUGUGAAGCACACAAUAAUGGCCAGACUAUGUUUGUACAAUUGGAGGAUAUUUCUCAUAAUGAAGGAAGUCUCCAAGGUCAGGAUCUACAAUACCCGGAGAAGUUACAUCACUAAGCCAUAGCUGCACCAGCCUGCUCUCUUCCCCUGCUUCACCCCCCACCUUUUAUUUUUGCACACUCUUUCUCAGCAUAAGUGUUGCACGCAUCUCUUGCAAGAAUACCAUGGUUUUGACUUGGGCUUGUGUCUACUGUGUUAUUUAGUUAUUAAAUACACCCCACCUUCAAAAACGAAACCUGAAUGUUUUUUUUAAAGUUUCAUUAUAGACUUCUAAUAUCCUGUACAUUCCCAAACUCCAUUUGUCUAGCUUCUGGUUUUGCAAUGAGAAUUACAUUGUACUGUGAUGAUGGCAGCAGCAGCAGCACCACCUGGAUGUAGUCUGGCCCUAUGCAUUUUAGUUACCUCCUACCUGCCGUGUGAAGGCAGUAGGCAUGACAGGCUCACACCUUUGUGUUGAGCUGUGUCUGAAGAAAAAGGUUCUGGGCUAUUGUAGAAAAAUUUGCAAGAGGGAAAAGAGAAAAGGCUAGAUCUUAAUUUUUAUAGUGCACUUUGUAUCUCCGUUUACUAUGGAAAUUAAUAUUACUGGUACAUGAAACACCAUCUGGAAACCUUGGAUACAAUCUCUUUCUUGGCAUUUUUCUUUUUGUGUGUGUUUCUAUACAUGAUAUUUCAGUGCAAGGACUCUUUUAUAAUCCUGCUUUUUUUUUAAAGCAGUAUUUUUCAUGAGUGUUCACUUGGUUUAGUUGUUACCAAACCAUUUACUAACUAACUGUUAAUAUAAAUUCAGCUUGUCUUAUAAUGGAAAGAACAAGGACACUCCUAAGAAGCUUACCUGUUCCUUUUAUUUGUUUUCCAACCUCCUGGUGUAGUUUUCUGUUGUUCCAUCAACAGGAUAGCAAAAUGAGAGGUUGCUCUACAUACUUCUCAUUGCUGUAGACCUUCUUCUGUUUGUACCCAAAACUCUGACUCAGUGCUGUUAAGUCAGCCAAGUCUUUCCCUGGCUUCAGGUUGUUCUGAAUCAGCCUAUAAACCUAAAAUUCAAAGCUGCUUCUAACAAAGAAAACAAAACAUUUUUCCUUCAGUUUCUAACAGUACUUGUGUUGUGGUUUAAGCCUGUUGUUCACACCUAAUCAUGUUCACCAGUGAUUAUUCCAGGCAUCAUAUGUUUGUGUGAAAUCACCUAGUAUUCAAUAUUUCCUUCAUUGCAUUUGGUUCAUCUUCAAUUAAUGCAUUUUUAAAGGGCGGUGGUGUUCUGCCAUCCCUGCUCUCUCACUCUGCAAUUGGGAAUGGUGGUUAGGAAGGGUUGUAAACGUCAUCUAGGUAGUUAGGUAAUCCCUGGUAUUUAAGGAGGUGAGAAUAAACACUGAUCUUCUUUUAGGUGUGGACAGGUGUGAGAUAGGUUGAAUCGGAGAAGUUGAAGGAAGAUUUUUAAAGUUGAAAAUAUGUCUUUUGGAAAGUGUGCUAGAUGUGUUGGUUAUAAGUUGCUCAUCCUUGCCCUCCUCUGCAUUGUGGCCAACAUUUUACUUUAUUUUCCCAAUGGUGAAACAAGGUUUGCUUCAGAGCAUCACCUCAGCAAGUAUGUGGAGUGCCUUCAUGGCAUUCUAGGUGGAGGCUUUCUGGUACUCGUUCCAGCUGCAGUGUUAAUUGGGCUCCACAAUGAAGACUGCUGUGGGUGCUUUGGCCAUGAGGGCUGUGGAAAGAGCUGUGCGAUGCUGUCCUCGGUUCUGGCAGCCUUUGUUGGGAUCCUUGGCUCUGGAUACUGUAUAAUCAUUUCAGCACUGGGCUUGUCUCAAGGACCAUAUUGUCUUACCCACCUAGAAAGAAACUGGAUCUAUCCUUUCACUGAUUCCUCUGGAGGGUACUUGUUUGAGUAUAACAAGUGGUCUGAAUGCCAGGAGCCUCAAAACAUCGUGCAGUGGAACAUCACUCUCUUUUCCAUCCUCCUUGUUUUGGGAGGAAUAGAAUUCAUUCUGUGCUUCAUACAGAUAAUCAAUGGCAUUCUUGGAGGACUGUAUGGAUUGUGCUGCAGUCAUGAGGAGGUAAGGAGUUUGCAGAUAUACCCGUGCUUCUCAGAUGAACAUGUAGCUUGUUACUUUAGCUUGUUACUUAAACUACUGAGGAGUUUUACUCAGCUGUUACUUUAUAGGUAUUCUUAAGCAACAAUUCCCUACACAGGUGUUUCUAUAGCCCGGUCGUGGUUAGAAUUUUCAUGUACUUUGAUCACAUGCUUUCAGCUGAUUCCUCAAUGGCCACAGUGAUGUUAAUCUGCCUGAGAGCUAGGAGCUAGAGGGCUUUUGUCUGUCUGAUGACACAUGUGAUCAUCAUUGCACUGCAUAGGUGAUAUGGCUGAGAUAUGGAUCUCCUGGUGAUUGAGAUCUUUGCCUAAACCAUUGUUGCAUAGCGUGGUGCUUGUUCUACCUAUAUUGUGUUAGCCUUGGCUUUUGUCCAUAGCAGCUCAUAAGCUACUGACAAUAUGCUGCAUAUAAUGAAAACUGCAGCAUCCUGGCCUUGCAAAGUGGAAGUAAGAUGAGAGAAAGCUAUAUGCAAUUUAAUUCUAACAAAAUCUGCAGACAGAUCUGGAAGGUUUUUGAAGGCGGAAUUUUUUUUGAGUGAGGAAAGGAAAUUUUCUAAAAAUUUCUUUAAAGCCAUGUAAAACAGUUUGGACAUAUUCCAAAAUCAGUAUCAGAGGGCUAGUGUUGGAAAAACUAUGGCUUAAAGUAUGAACCAGAUAUAAUUUGUAUCACACACUAUAGGUAAGCAUGCAUUUCACAUUUUUAAUUGACAGAGUUGAGUGCUCUUUCAAAGCUAUUGCUGUUUUCUUCCUCCUGUCUUCCUUGCUCUAACUCCAGUAUAGAAGAGCUAUGCUAUGAUUUUCUAAAUGUGCUCAGGUUAACUUUUGUAUUGUUAGUUGGAUACAAUAUUAACAUUCUUUCCAUUAAUAUGUUUCUUUCUUUUUGUUUCUCUCUGCAGACAUAUGUUUGCUAGAAACCUGACAAUGUGUUGACAUCAGUGCAUGUGUGUGCUGUAAUGAAUAUGCUGUGGGUUUUUUUUGAACAUUCCAGGCAAACUUAAAUACAUGUUGUUGUCAAACUGUGCUGUUGCCAUGAAUUUAACUGACUUGGGGCCUUUGUUUUUGGAGUCAUAUGCAGGUUUUCCACUAACCUGCCUGAACUGAAAGGCAAAAUGUAUCCUUCAUAUCUUUGGUUCAUUUCAUCUUGGUACAGGCAACUGCCUUAAUACACGUCACUAAAGUGGUUUUAUUUAUUUUUCUCUUUCUACUGACACAACAGCUCUGUACUUUGUCCUGUUUUCCCAGUAAAGUUGCUCUUUCAUUGAGAUCUUGGAAUGAACACAAACCAAGUCCAGACUGGCCUGGAUAAAAGGUUUUGGUCACCUGGACCAAAACCAAAGCAGCUGUAAAAUGUGGAUGAUUGAGGGCUUUUCAGGAUUUUUCUGAUCUUCCCCUGUAUUUCACAAAUAAAGAUUUGUAUUAAAAAUACCCAGGAGGUGUCAGUGGUUCCUUCCCUGCCCAUGCUGAAACACUGCUUGCCUGGUCUUGGAGUAAAGGACAGUGGUGGCAUGAGAAUAUGGAUUUAAUGCAGUCAGGUUGUAAGCUGUUUUUCUUCUCCAGCAGGCUCUGCCAGAGUGGGAACUGCUUCCUUGCUUGGUUUGGUUCAUUUAACUGAAACAGGUGUUUGUUCAUCAAUAAGGGUUCAACGACAGCUCUGGGUCAGGUACAAGAGCACACAUGGAGACUUUAGUCCUGGGUCAGGGCUGGCAGUUCCCAGCCAGGGAGCUGAGGAGGUCCCUGCACAUCUGAGCCCAGCUUACCUCCUCCUGCCCUCUUAAGGGAGGGAUCAACUCCUGAUUGAUCCACUACAGGCCUGAGAUAAAACAAGAUGUGGGCAUGAGUCUUGUUUUUUGCCUCAGCAACCCUCAGGCCUCACAGCAUUCAAGGAAUACAGUCCAAAUUCAGGUCCAUAAAGACAGAUUAAACUGAAAUACCUGACUUUACCAGUUAUCAGCCUGAAGAUGUUACUGUAAGGUCCUGGGUAAGAACCUCUGAAGUGUAGCUUGUUGCACACUAGAGUGAAUGUUUCAUCACAGGUACAUCUGAAUAAUGUGCUAUCAACAGCAUUGCUGCUGGCAAUGGCAUUUUUCAAGUGAAAACCAAAAUGUGACAUGCUCUUUAUCUCAAAGGAAUGAGGCUCAGUUUUGGAUUUUAGCUGUUCAUAUUUGUCUUUGAAAACAAGCAAGUUAGUUUCUCUUCAUGGGAGAAAAAGAAGUUCCAAUGGGUGUCAGUGCAUCCUUAGGCUAUUUGUAACUAAGAGGGUUGUCCUUAAAUAUAGCCAGAAACUUCAGGUGUAUCUCAGGCUGUCUGCACAUUUAAGUCUGCCCUGUACAAAUACAUACCUGAAAAAAAGAAGUGAACUGUGAAAACAAAAUUGUCUAUGUAUAGCUACACCAGCAAAAGAAUUCUCAGAUGAAAAGAGUUUGUACCUAGAAUCUCAGGAUUCCUGAAUUUUGCAAGAAUAUUUAUUCAUGCCUAAAUACAUAGAAGUAAUUGAGAGACUUUAAUGCAAUUUAAUGCCAUUUAAUGACAUUUCUUUGUAGUAUCUAUCCCUGUCCUGCCUUGGUAUGGGGGGGCGGUGGGGGGGGAAAGAAGGAGAAUGUGUGCAUGCACAUAUGUGUACACACUAAAUUCCUUGCAGCUGUGUGAUGCAGUGUCUUUGUGUGUGAAGAUACAGUUUUGGAAAAAAUAUCUGCAAGUUUAAAUGGGUGUGGAAUGAGAGAAAGUGGAAGAGAAAGUCCUCAAUGGAAUAAUGUACAGUUACCAUGCGACUUAAGGGUUUUUGCCUUUAUUCUUGCAUAAUGGUUAUUUGUUUUUCUGGUACACACAAUUACUUAAAGAACUGAAACAACUUUACUAUAUAUAGAAUUCCAAUGUAUAGAAUGAGUAGGCUAGGGUUUAGACUUGAAACUUCAGCACAAAUGCAUGCAGCAGCAAUAGAGUCCUGUAGCCCUAAUGCACAGUAUUACUGCUCACUAUUUAUAUUGUCAUGUAAAAAACGGCCAGCUGGAUUAUUUUGUUGUCUGGUGCAUGAGACAGUGUUUUGAGAGAUUUAUCAGUUACAUUAUGAAGAAGUGAUCGGUUUAGGUUGUAUUCAUAUCAGCUGGCAGAGAAGUCAGAGUAAACAUGACUUUUCGGUAACAGGCUUGGAAUCAGUUCAUGAAUAAUGAUACCAAUGGAAAAGCAAUGCUUGCAACACUGCUUGAUGCUUGAGAAACUGGCUUACAGGUUUGUUUAAUUCUUAGUAUAAAGUAGUUGUUUCCUGUUCUAGUGGCAUUGUGUGCCAAAAAAUAACCACACUGUAAAUUGGUAUUUGCAGAGCUCAGUUUAAAAACAGAGUCAUGAAGCAGACUGCUGUACUGCAGAGCAAAUGCUGCUUCAGUCAUAAUUUCUCAAGUUAGUUUCUUCUAAUCAGAACAAGUUAGAAUGGAAAUUACAUCAAAUUUGAUUAUAAAAUAAGAUGCUUGCUACUAAUUUUGGCCUUUGCUUUUAAGAAAAUAUUUCAGCCAAUUAUAUGAUCUUUGAGUUUUGUACCAAAAAAAAAAAAUCAGUCAUGGGGAUUGGAUGCGUG